AAAUUUCCCCUUUUGUAGACAGAAAACAUUUGGGAUACGGGCUUGGGGUUAUCCAGCUAUGUCAUGUAUCUAGUAUCUGGGCACUCGAACAAAAUAUGUGUUGACUUUUUCAGUUGGUUACCUGAAUACUUUGGAUACAAAAUGAAUGUCAUGAAGAUGCUUUAACUCUGUGUUUUUCUCAAAAAUAUUAUUUAAAAAUAUGUGGAAAAAUGGGCCGCUGACCACUAUACUGCAUGAGUCAAGCUAUCUUAUUGCCAUCUUUGAAGCAGUUUGAACAGGCUCCACUCUUUAACAUAGGGGUGUCCAGUCUUAUCCGAAAAGGGCUGGUGUAGGUGCAGGAUUUUGUUUUAGCCCAGCACUAUAACUGAUUUAACUGCUGACCUAAUCUAGGUCUUCAAUCAAGACCUUGAUAAGUAGAUUCAAGGGGUUUUAGCACUGGGCUAAACAAAAACCUGCACCCAGACUGGUCCUUUUCGGGUAAGGCUGGACGCCCCUGGUUUGGCAGAUAAAUCAUUUAACGCAGGGGUGCUUAAUCCUGUUCCUGGAGGUCUGUCAUUCUGUAGGUUUUCAUUUCAACCAUAGUUUUGCACACCUGAUUCCACUAAUUAGCAGCUCAUUAAGAUCUCGGACUCUGAGGUGGGCAAUGAGGGCUGAAUCUGUUCCUCAUUUUCAUGCCAGCUUCUGGUCUUAAUUACAUAAAAUCCCUAAAAUUUAUGCCGUUUGACAUUUUAGCUACAUAGGCACAUGAAUGACGACCAAAGACUGUUCUUGUGUCCCUAUGCAAAACGUUUUACUGUGAUCUAAUUCUUGAGUGGACCAGUGUUAGUGUAUCCAGCCAGGGUAACUGGGGGAAACAAAAACCUGCAUACACACUGGCCCCCCAGGACCAGAAUUGCCCACAUCUGCUUUAACCGUUGAAAGAGGUGUGCUUUGUUAGGGCUGGAGCGAAAACCUGCAGGACAGUGGGUUUCUAAGAACAGGAUUGGGCAGCCCUGAUUUAAUGCAAUGAUAUUUAAAUAAGUGAUUCCGUUCAAGUUAAAAAGGUAUUGUGUCCAUUAUGACGCUGUCCGCGCUGGCCUACGAACGCUACAUCAGGGUGGUGCACGCCAAGGUGGUGGACUUCCCCUGGGCCUGGAGGGCCAUCACGCACAUCUGGCUCUACUCGCUGGCCUGGACGGGGGCCCCGCUGCUCGGGUGGAACCGCUACACCCUGGAGAUCCACCGGCUGGGCUGCUCACUGGACUGGUCCUCCAAGGACCCCAACGACGCCUCCUUCAUCCUCCUCUUCUUCGUGGGCUGCUUCUUCGUGCCGGUGGGGAUGAUGGUCUAUUGCUACGGCAACAUCCUCUACACUGUGCGGAUGCUUCGGUCGAUCGAAGACCUCCAGACAGUGCAGAUCAUUAAGAUCCUUCGCUAUGAGAAAAAGGUGGCGGUCAUGUUCCUGUUGAUGAUUUCCUGUUUCCUGGUGUGCUGGACUCCGUACGCCGUGGUGUCCAUGCUCGAGGCCUUCAGCAAGACCCGCGUCGUCACGCCCAUGGUCGCCAUCAUACCCUCUUUUUUCGCGAAGUCCAGCACGGCCUACAACCCCAUAAUCUACAUAUUUAUGAGCAGAAAGUUCCGUCGAUGUGUCCUGCAGCUGCUGUGCAUCCGUCUGUCCCGACUGCAGCACAGCAUUAAGGACCGCCCCCUGACCAGCGUCGAGCGCCCCAUCCGCCCCAUCGUCAUGUCCCAGCGAGGCGCAGGGGACCGGCCCAAGAAGAGGGUGACCUUCAGCUCCUCCUCCAUCGUCUUCAUCAUCGCCAGCAAUGACGCCGAGCACCUGGACGUCACCUCCAUGAACGACGCGUCCGAAGUCAACGUCAUCCAGGUGCGACCGCUGUGACGGACGCCCUCGGGACGCUUCGUAGUCACAGCAGACCUCCUUUCAAAAUCUCUACAAGCCAAAGCAGCCAGGACAGGUGACUCCCCUCUGGGUUCUAAGACUUAUGCAGGACACCUCCCUGCACUACUCUCCCCCCCCCCUCCCUCCCCCUUCCACCCAGGAAAAGUGUUCAACCAACCGUGUCAGGUGACCUGCGCACGCAAACGAUUACCCGAAUGUGUUCUUGGCAUGCAGAACUUAACACAGUUCAUCGGUCCUGUCAGGAAGGACUGCUUAUCGUGUUGUAGUGAUGUAGAUCUAUUAGAUUUUUUAAAAUGGCAUCAGUGUGGGGCUGAAAGGUGUACCCGUUUGCGCUUUACAUUGCAAGGGGACUUGACCUCACAUCCUGUCCUGAUCAUGGACAGUCGGGGAUUUCUGGAGAAGGCGAGUCACCGAAGGACUGAACCUGAGGGUCACAGCCCGAGCACAACCUGGUCUACUUGGUUUAAAAGCCCAAAAAACUGUGACCCUUUGCCCUCCGUAAUACCUCACAAAUCUUGUACAGAAACAAUGAAAUUAAACAUAUUUUAAGGUACUUAUGCA